AUGAAAGAAGCUGAAGCGCCCGGUGUUCCUGCUGGACAAGUGGCUGCUGCACUGCCUCAAAAGUUUCACGACAAGCUGGAAGAGGUGGACGAGCAAAUGCGCCUCACGUGUGGCGAGUUUUUUUCUCGCUUGCGGAGAUUCGCAGCCGGCUUCCAGACUCAAGGCGUCGGGUUGGGUGAUCGCGUCUGUGUACAUCUGGAAAACAGCGUCGAGAAUGUGGUUGUUCUUUUCAGCAUCCCUUUCACGGGGGCGUCGGUGCUGCUAUCAAAUCCUGUGCUCAACGAAAGUGAGCUUCUCUUUCAAGUCGGCCAUGGAGAUGCCACUCACAUCUUGACGAGUCCACAGCACGCUGCUAAGGUUCAUGCAGUUAAGAGAAAAACGAACGUUAAGGGUUUGUUUGUAAUCGGCGAGCCUGUUCCUGGGUUUGUGUCCGUGUCUGAUUUCACUGAAUUGAACGAAGACGACUUCAAAGAAGUGCCUAUCGGAGACCCUAAGCAGACCACUGUCGCUGUGUACUUCUCGUCUGGCACGACGGGCGAUGCGAAAGGAGUGGAGGUGUCUCACUACAACCUGGUGGCCAACCUACACAUGACCAAGGCCAUGGUCAACUAUGAACUUGGAGAUGUCCUCCUCACCUGGUAUCCCAUAAAUACAGCCGGUUUCAUGUUCACCCCAGUGGCGGCCAGCACCGGAGCCACAUGCGUGGUAGUACACCACGGAUUAACGUUUGACCAGUUCGUCUAUUACGUCAGAAAAUACGAUUUCAUCGACAUGGACACGGGUGAGAAAGUGGGACCGAAGCAGUACGGCGAGCUGUACUUCCGCAUUCCGAGUGUCAUGAAGGGGUACUACAAAAAUCCCGCGCUCAUGAAGGAGUUUAUGGAUGACGACGGAUGGUGCAAAUCAGGGGACCUCAUGUACUAUGAUGAAGACGGUCGCGUGUACUUUGUCGACCGGAUGAAGGACAUGAUCAAGUGCCUAGAUCAGCAAGUGUCGUCUCUGGAGCUGGAAUGCCUGCUGCAGAGCCACCCCAGUAUUGCCGAUGCCGCCGUAGUUGGAGUUGCGAAGACUAUGUAUGGUGACGCCCCGGCUGCCUUCGUUGUGGUACGACACCCGACAGAUGCCUCGCCCGAGGUGGCAGCGAUACUAAAGGAACACGUCGCAUGCAAAACUGAAAAGUUUAAGCAUCUCUACGGUGGAGUUGUGUUUAUGGACCGCUUGCCCAGGAAUGCGAACGGCAAAGUCAUAAAACGCGAACUGAAGCUCUUAUAUGAAAAGUCAAAGGUGUACUGAGGCCCCUGAUUGUAUUCAGCUGAUAGAGGAAGAAAAAUUGCAAUUCAAAUAUAAUUGUGAUCCUUACGUUCAGCGUGUUAUAAGACACUGUCAAACACGCAAGCUAAACACAUGGACAUGCAUUUAAUAAACCUCUGCUGAUUUUGCCUA